UUGCGGCUGCUCUUAGCCCGGGUGUCACUCGAUCUGCUCGGUAGCCCGAAGGAACCGACGAGGUGCUGCAGCGGUGAUUUGUGGCUGCCAGUGUGCGUGCCGGCUGAGCGGCGGCUCAGCGUAGCGCGCGUGGGUCUCUUCGGCAAGGUGCAAGAUCGCAGCUUCCUCGACUGGGCUCGAUUUAGACUCGCGGUGACUCGGUCGGCCCUCGGUUGCAAUUCGCAUGUUUCCGGUGGGGCGCUGUUCGAACAAGGACGGUCGCCGGUGGUCUGUGGAUCAGCUGGAAAAGAUCGCUGUGGGUGGAGCGAUGGCGAUCUGGAAAACUCCGGGAGGAGGAGAUAG